ACACAACGAAGACUUCGUAGCAUACGAAUUCCGUAGAAAGCACCAGGUCCGGGGUCGGUGUAGACGAUGUCAAGGUAGGUUGUCAAGGCACUCACUCCACGAAAUUGGAGACGCGAAAAACUCUGCGAUCAACCUCGAGCCCGACAACGAGCGAGGAGCAUCCAUCCCAAUCGCAAUCGCACUACCAAAUUUUAAUACAUUUUCUGGUGGAAGAAAUAGGCGUGUAGACGAAAAUGUCUUCGACUGAGUCCGUGUGCUAACACCGAACCGAAAGAACCGAAAGAAAUAUCAUUCGCGAAACGAGGGGCGCCGUACAAAUAUGGCUUUGGCUGUGUCAGAGCCGUCAGCGACCGGAAAGAAUGCGACCCCGUGCAACUGAAAAGGUACGGCAUGUAUUCGAGGAAGUCCAAGCCCGGACGACCCGAAGAUGAAAUGCUGUGAGACAUUGUUGUUCGGGCCACUUGUGGCCGCCUGCACCAUCCCCGACCCUGUGUCCGGGUGCAGCACCUUUGUCUAACGAUCUGUGUUGUGGUGGCUCGGGCCGAGUGUGGUGCUGCUGCUGGAGGUACAGUACAUCCAAAUCGUCACCGAAGGCUGUGCAGCAACAGCCGAGUGCAGAGUGCUGAGUGCUGAUGAUCCACAGUAACAGAAUCGCGCUAAAAUUGGAACGAGGUCUAGGUGCGCGAGGCCAGGGCAAUACGCCCGCAGAACAGCAGAACAGCAGAACAGAGGUACGUAGAUAGUGUGAAGCCAACUCAAAGAAUAGCGGAAUAUGCGAUCCUCUGCAAACCUCAGGGCAGCACUAAAGGGAGAAGUGAAUGAGUCGGGGAAACAAUUGCGGUAAGGACGACCGAGAGGGAGAGCACGAAAGACGAAGGAAGAGGGAGCACGAAAUCGUAAAUGUUGCUUGACAAGAGCGAGGGAGGGAAAGACCGAGCAGGGAUCGGGGGAAGGAGGAAGCAAGGGAUUACGCGGAGGAGGAGCAGAAAUUGAAAUGCGAGGACUCUUGCGGAGGGUUGUCGCGAGGGGUGCCGAGUCGAUGUCGAGGCGAGGAGAAUGAACUCCUGGAUUACCGUGCAAAUGUAGUUGGUUGGAGAGAGCAGAGACGCAGGCUGAGCCAUUCUUCGUAGGGAGCGUGGCGGUGCGGGUGUAAGAUUUUGAAGAUGGCUCACCGCGCCGGGCACCAUGGACACCAUGAGCACCAGCAUCCGGAGCGGAUUGUGGGCAAAUACAUCGUCACGCAGCAAAUUGGAUCGGGCUCGUUCGCCGUGGUGUGGAAAGCGCGCUCUAUGGAGACCGGGGAGGAGGUCGCUAUUAAGGAAAUAGCUACCGACAAGCUUAACCCUAAACUCCAGGAGAGUUUGUUGUCGGAGAUUGAUAUUCUCAAGUGUACUCACCACCCCAAUAUUAUUCGACUGCUUGACAUGGUUAUCACACCAGGAAAGAUAAGUCUUGUGCUCGAGUAUUGUACCGGUGGGGAUCUUAAUGCUUACAUUCAACGCCAUGGGAGAGUUUCAGAAGCAGUUGCUCGUCACUUUAUGCGCCAAUUGGGAGCUGGACUGCAAGUUUUGAGAGCCAGCAAUCUGAUUCAUAGGGAUUUGAAGCCCCAGAAUCUUCUCUUGUCAACCGAUGAUCAAAAUGCAGUUCUAAAGAUUGCAGAUUUUGGUUUCGCACGGUCCUUGCAACCUCAAGGUAUGGCUGAGACCAUAUGCGGUUCACCCCUCUACAUGGCUCCGGAAAUUCUACAAAGGCAGAAGUACAAUGCAAAGGCAGAUUUGUGGAGCGUAGGAGCAAUCCUCUACCAGUUAGUUACUGGGCGCCCUCCUUUCCACGGAAACAGUCACGUCCAGUUACUGCUCAACAUCGUAAGGACGAACGAGGUCAAGUUUCCAGAGGGCAUUGUUUCUGAGCUACACGUAGAUUGUAUUGAUAUGAUACGGAAACUACUUAAGCGUAACCCAGUUGAGAGACUGAGCUUUGAAGAGUUCUUUAACCACAACUUUAUGCAAGCACCGAGACCUAAGGUAGCAGAAAGGAGCCCCGUUCAACAAGUUGUGAAAAACCUAGGGGAAUCAUCUGAUACAUCUCAAGAAGAUUGCUUUCCGUUUUCUCUCGAUGACGAACAUCAAGGCCCGGUGGAGGUACAUUCUGCCUCGUAUUCGAAACCGCCGUUGUUCUCUGCAUCACCGUCAAAUAGUCUGCUCCAUACUCAAGCCGGGACGACCGGCAAGUUCUCCGUGGGAACUGCUCCUGCCGCCGUCCGAGGAUUCGGAUCGAGGAACCGUGGAGUGGGAUCUGGUUUUGGGUUUGAGGAGAAAGCGAAGCCAAAUAUUGGACUAGGAACUAGCCCCAAUGGACUAGGAACAAGCCCCACAAGCAGGCUUCAGAGGUCACAGAGCAACAAAAUGCCUGGAUUUGCAAUGCCUGAAGACAGGCAGAGGGAACCAUACAACAACUCUGCUACUUUUGGAUCCUCUAAAGGAGGGGCUAUGAUGGAUUCAAUGGAGUUUAUUGAGCGUGAGUACGUGCUAGUGGGGAACCUGAUACCGUCUGUAGAGUCUUUUAACCUGGAAGGCUCAGUUGUAGUAAAAGGAGUAGGGUCACCGCAGAAAAAUACUGUCUCAAGUGCCCCAUUGUCAGUUACUGCUUCUCCAGGGCCACAAUCCUCGGUGAACUAUGCAUGGGCUCACGGAUCACUUGGGCACGAAACAUUUCAAGGACCCCCGGAAGAAACUGAAGGCCCCUCGCCUGAUCCUCAGAAAAGACUUGCCUCUCUUAAGCGAAGUGCUCGGUUAAUAACUGAGCUUGCGACCGACAAGCGGGAAGCAGGCCAGAUACUUGAGUCAUUUGCAGUUCAGUUGGUUUGUUUGGCCAUCUGGAAGGAGUCGUUGCAUGUUUGUAUUCGAUGGGCAGCGCAAGCCGAAGAAGGAAAUCAAACCUAUGCCGAUCAUGGGAAUAUUUACACUGACGGGGCAUAUGAGCCUGGUCAGGAGAAAGCAGCUGCCACUGCUUGUUCUUCCAUGGAGCGAGAAUUUUCAGCUGCUGUAGAUCGGGCUGAAGAGCUGGCUUUGCAUGUUCGAGUGCUAGAUGGUUGCACAGAAAUGCAAGACGCGAUGGAGCUUAUUUACCAGGCGGCUCUGGCUGUGGGGAGGGCGGGCGCGGUAGAAGAGCUUAUGGGCAAUGUAAGCAAUGCGGCUGUGGCCUACUCGAAGGCUGCGGCAUUGUUUCACUUCAUUCUGGUGGAAGCUCCCCACUUGCCUCUCAAUCCUCCGUUAGUGCUAAACGCUAACGACAGGUAUAGACUUCGACGAUAUGCCGAUUCUGUCAUAAUUCGACAAAAUCACUGUAGUAUGCACAUUUCCCCUUGAAGGCCACUGAAGCAAAAUGACCACAGACGGGGAUGGAGCUCCUUCGGUGAAGCCGUUUUUACUUUCUUUCACGUAUGCGCAUUCUGCUGAAAGACGAUUGCGAGAUUCUUUACGUGAUUCUGUAGGUGACCUCUGCCGUGUCAUUGGAAUCUUAGGAUCCCUCUAGUGUGUAUAUUGUAUUGAUUGGGCACAAGUGAAGAGAUGGAUGUGGCACGUAGAAUUAGGUUCGGAGGUUACACUUGAUUCACCGUUGAUAUGUGGCCGUGACUUAAUUAUUAUUGUACAAAACUCCCCCCGACCACAUUGGGGAGCUAGACAUAGCCUGAUAUUGCAAUUGCUUGCGUAGUGUAAGUAAAAACUGUUAGAAGUGAGCCAUUGUAUAUAUCCAGUAGGUGCAGGUUGUGGCUUCGAAACACGGUCCCGGAAAAUUUGUGUUCAGCCCACAGUAGUUCAUCGGUAGCUAAGGCUGAGCUUAGAGGCUAACAAGUCAAAAAAUAUCAUUGUAUAUGAGGUGAUUAUCAUCUUUCGCUGAGAUGUUUUGGGAGUGAAGUCAGAAGUCUGUCGAUCUUCCAUAUGUAAAGUGAUUGGUGGUUUUACCAUUUAUGUUUGAAUAAGGAGAAAAAAAUUGCUCCAUCAGAAUCUUUAGU